CUGGCCAUCAUGCUUGGGGGAGGAUUUAAAGCAGAAAGACUCCGGGUCAAUCUCCGACUGGUGAUCAAUCGUCUGAAGCUCUUGGAGAAAAAGAAAAGUGAGCCUGGCAACUACAUACACACACAAACACUGUGCAAGAUGUAGCCUAGUCUCUGUUCAUUGACAUUUGUGUCUCGGGUUGUCUUUAAAAUACAUGCUUACAGAAUGGAUCUUCUCUCUUUGUAGCUGAGCUAGCUCAGAAGGCGCGGAAGGAGAUUGCAGACUAUCUGUCAACAGGGAAGGAUGAGCGAGCAAGGAUCCGUGUGGAGCACAUCAUCAGAGAGGACUACUUGGUAGAGGCCAUGGAGAUCCUAGAACUGUACUGUGACCUGCUGCUGGCUCGCUUUGGCCUCAUCCAGUCCAUGAAGUGAGUGAGCCAGCCUAGAGGACUCGGACAAGGAGGCUCUUUCUCAAUUGUUUAUUUCCUUGCAUCAUGUCUCCUUGCCGCCUCCUCAAAACACAUUGGAUGAGGUUAGAGGGGGGAGGAGCCUUGGGACUUCUCUUCCCAUGCGUUUUGAGACAGCGACGAGAGCGGAUGCAAGGAAUCGAUUAAAGACAAUUGAAAGAAGAGCCAGAAUUUCUCCUAGUCAAGGAAAAACUCCUGGCCUUAUUAUGGGUGUUUGAGGUUAUCCUUCAGGGCUUGACAUGAACGCUUGUUUUACCUGGCCCGGACAAAUAGUUGGACAAGAAGGAUAUAGAUUUACUGUAAGUUGUCUGGAUGGACAAGUAAAAAAUAGAAAUAAAUCCUAUAUCCAAAAAUUGCUCAGAUCAGAAUUGGACCAGUGUCCUCCGCAAGCAAUGUGUUGCGCACUGUUCUCCCAAUUUCCGCAGAGCGCAUCGUAGUAUAAUUAUUGCAUUGACAGGUGGUCUUGCGGUCACGAGAUGAUCAAAGCGCAGAGCAUAUUUGUUGAUCUUCCUUGCUAGUUAGUUAUUUGCCCAGUGACAGUACAUUUUUGGUUACCAAACAGGGAUCAUACAGCCAUGAAAAUCCUGGAAAAGUCAAGUGUGCAUCCCAUGCAUUUAUGCCAGUGUGAUUGGGCCUGAGGAGAGAUAUUGCAGCAGGUAGGCUAUGGCCUACAAAAUAAUGUUAGACUAACAGACUGACUAGUUAGCCAACUCAAAACAUAUCGUGUAGCCUGGCUAGUUAUCUUGGUAGUUAAGUAUUUAGCUAAUAGCAUGUAUUAAUGUCAUUGUCAUGUCCGAUAUCCCAAAAAAAAUGUGUCUAGCGCUCUUGAAUAAAUGACCGACACACAGUUGAUGAACGGGUGCGUUAACUUACUCCAGUUAUAAAAACCGCAUGUCAAGCACUCAAAAUUGGGAGUUGACUCUAUUCCCCUCAAUUCAACAUUGGACAUGUCAUUCUGACAGUGUUAAAAAUAUUCUUAGAAUAGCUAGGGCCGAGACUAUACCAGUAACUCUUUGGUCCUUUAAAAACCUGCUAUGUGUAAAAUAUUGUGUGCUAUAGCUUGGAAAAUACAUAAAUGUGACUCUGGAUGACAACAUAAUGUUUGUUUCCAACAUUAAGGCUGUUUUCCUAAAGAAGUGAAAUCCGCUUAGUGUUUUGUUUCCUUGCCACAAUACUACUGAGUAUCGCGAUACUGGUAUCGCCCCGGCCCUAAGAGUAGCCUAAUUGUGAAAUUCCUCCUAUCCUGUCAAUAGAUCUCCACAAAAACCUUAAUAUUUUAGCCUUGAUUUGAAGUAGCCUGCCUAAGCCAUUUGAUCCCUUAUUUAUUAAAUAAGGAAAAUAUUUAAUAAAGACAUACAUAUUUGGUUGUAAUUGUAAUGCAAAAAUAUUAUUUAGGCUAUUUAAGAAUUGCCAACCAUCCUCCAGGAGAGCCUUAAAGGGCGGCAGGUAGCCUAGAGGUUAGAGCGUUGAGCCAGUAACGAAAAGUAAUCUGUCAACGUGCCCUUGAGCAAGUUACUUAACCCUAAUUUGCUCCAGGGGCAUAGUACUACUAUGGCUGACCCAGUAAAACGACACAUUUCACUGCACCUAUCUGGUGUAUGUGACAAGAAGACAUAUUUGUAUUUUUUUAAGGGGCAGUGUUCUAUUUUGAGACAAUCUGAAUAUGCAUAGAAGUCAAUAGGCAGAGGGUGGCCUACAUUUUUCUGAUUCUCUGUAUUCUAAUGAGAAUUGUAUUUUGUAAAGUUGUUCGUUGCAUCAUACAAUACCACUUUGAAGUCACCCUUUUGGCCCAUGGUGUUACAGACCAUUUUUCAUUUUUGGAAACAAUUUUUUGAGCUUUCAGACAGUAAAAAAUCUGUCAAGCCCUGUACAGUAAAAAAUCUGUCAAGCCCUGUCCUUAACACCUAUUUGUCUAUUUCUUGACAGGGAGCUGGACCCUGGCCUGCAGGAGGCUGUGUCCACUCUCAUCUGGGCAGCCCCACGUCUGCAGUCUGAGGUCAACGAGCUCAAAAUUGUGAGUAGUAUGCAAUGUGCUGCUGCGUUGACCCUGGAGAUAGCAUGCCUAGUUGCUUGGACUAGUCUUACUAUACUGCCUAAUUUAAACACUUGCGUACCCCCCUUCCCUAAUACACAUGUAACUAUUGGACUAGAAAUUGUGCCUUCCUGUAUUAUACUUAUGCUACAAUGUAUUAUUCUAUUGUACUGCCAUAUACUUUGUUUGAAUUCUUAUCUUUUAUUAUUUCUUAUUGUUGUUGCCUUGUCGAGAAGGAACCUGCAAGUAAGCAUUUCGUUGGACCAUGUAUACGAUGCGUAUUCCGUACAUACGACUAAUAAAGCUUGAAACUAGUCCUCAGUAAAGAAAUGUAAUGCAGUUUGUACACUUUUUGCUGUAUUGUGAUCCUUGAUACUGUGCUUUCUCCAUACAGGUGUCUGACCAGCUGUGUGCCAAAUACAGCAAGGAGUAUGGCAAGCUCUGUAGGACAAACCAAAUCGGGACUGUCAAUGAUAGGGUAUGCAUUUUCAGAUGGCCUGCUUCAAGAUAUAUGUUGAUGUGUUUGUUUCUGUGUGCCUAAAACAUAUUUCUCUGUCUCUACUUUACCCCAUAGCUCAUGCAUAAACUGAGUGUAGAGGCUCCUCCUAAGAUCCUGGUGGAGCGCUACCUCAUUGAGAUUGCCAAGAACUACAACGUGCCCUACGAGUCAGACGCCAUGGUCAGAGUGAGUAUCUGAUGAUGAAACCGGUCUGCCUCCCACCAUUCACCUGUGUGCCGACCACCUGACUGACUACUAUUUAUAUACUACCAAGUCUGGAACCAACAGGACCCUGAACAGCUUCUUCCCCCAAGCCAUAAGACUGCUAAAUAGGUUGUUAAAUAGUUAACAAAAUAGCUACCCAGACUAUCUGCAUUUACCCUUUUUGCACUAACCUUUGACUCAUCACAUACACUGCUGCUACUGUUCAUUACCUAUCCUGUUGCCAAGUAACUUUAUUGUCCCACUCCUCUUUGCAGAUCUUCUCCAAGUCAUUAAGGUUUCGAGGCUGACGUUUGGCAACUCGAACCUUCAGCUUCCUCCACAGAUUUUCUAUGGGAUUAAGGUCUAGAGACUGGCUAGGCCACUCCAGGACCUUAAUGUGCUUCUUCUUGAGCCACUCCUUUGUUGCCUUGGCCGUGUGUUUUGGGUCAUUGUCAUGCUGGAAUACCCAUCCCGACCCAUUUUCAAUGCCCUGGCUGAGGGAAGGAGGUUCUCACCCAAUAUUUGACGGUACAUGGCCCCGUCCAUCGUCCCUUUGAUGCGGUGAAGUUGUCCUGUCCCCUUAGCAGAAAAACACCCCCAAAGCAUAAUGUUUCCUCCUCCAUGUUUGACAGUGGGGAUGGUGUUCUUAGGGUCAUAGGCAGCAUUCCUCCUCCUCCAAACACGGCGAGUUGAGUUGAUGCCAAAGAGCUCCAUUUUGGUCUCAUCUGACCAUAACACUUUCACCCAGUUCUCCUCUGAAACAUUCAGAUGUUCAUUGGCAAACUUCAGACGGGCAUGUAUAUGUGCUUUCUUGAGCAGGGGGACCUUGCAGGCGCUGCAGGAUUUCAGUCGUUCACGGUGUAGUGUGUUACCAAUUGUUUUCUUGGUGACUAUGGUCCCAGCUGCCUUGAGAUCAUUGACAAGAUCCUCCCGUGUAGUUCUAGGCUGAUUCCUCACCGUUCUCAUGAUCAUUGCAACUCCAUGAGGUGAGAUCUUGCAUGGAGCCCCAGGACGAGGGAGAUUGACAGUUAUUUUGUGUUUCUUCCAUUUGCGAGUAAUCGCACCAACUGUUGUCACCUUCUCACCAAGCUGCUUGGCGAUGGUCUUGUAGCCCAUUCCAGCCUUGUUUAGGUCUACAAUCUUGUCCCUGACAUCCUUGGAGAGCUCUUUGGUCUUGGCAACGGUGGAAAGUUUGGAAUCUGAUUGAUUGCUUCUGUGGACAGGUGUCUUUUAUACAGGUAACAAACUGAGAUUAGCCUACCUCAAUUACCUCGUACCCCUGCACAUCGACUCGGUACUGGUACCCCGUGUAUAUAAGCAAGUUAUCGUUACUCAUUGUGUAUUCAUUAUUACUUUGAUUAUUACUUUUCAGUUUUUUCUCUAUUUUAUUUCUCUCUGCAUUGUUGGGAAGGGUCCGUAAGCAUUUCACUGUUAAAGCCAAUUUAUGCUUGAUCCGAAAAUGUGGUCGGAGGCUUCGUAUGGAGGGUGUGACGCAAUUGUGCAGCCUCCGGAGGCAUGCAGAGGCCAAAUCAAGUUCUGUACAGCAUCGCUGUGCGCCUCGUGAAUUUUUUAACAAUGCAGAGGGCUCCGUAUAGCUCCGCAUUGACAUGAUUGUUUGACGGUAUGUGGGGGCGGGAGGUCCUUUAUAAACACAAACUCACUUCCUUGACAUCAGCUCUGCGCUGCUCCGCGACGCGCAAGUAGUAUGAAUGCCCUGACUUCUGCAGAGGCCGUAUCACCAUAAAUGCUGCAUGGCCAAUGCAGACGUUGGAUUGACCAUGCACCAACUUUUAGUCUACACCUAUUGUUUACGAAUCGUGAUGAAUAACAUUGGAUUUUUAUUUCCCCCUCGCAGCCAGAGGUGUGUACAGGCGAGGAGGCUGACCUCAUCGACGUGGACUCUGACUUCAAGAAGCCAGGCGGUGGAGGAGGUGGUGGAGGCGGCUUCACCGCUGGAGCCAUGCCCAUGGGCCCCCCAUCAGCGUUCAGCUACCCAACACCCAAAGGAGCAGUAAGACCAUUCUUUUCAAUAGUGGCAUAAAUGACACCUAACUCUUGUUUGGCGAGUCCGCAGUAGGGGGAAACAACGCCACUGACGUUAUUGUUUUUGUUGCCGAGGUGCUUCGUGCAGCAGGGUAAAAAAAAAGUGCAGUACAUAUUGUGCUUUUCUAUCGCGCGUGCAAUGAUGUCAGAGGGGAAGAAAACAGUGUUACUUGUUUGCUGUAACUUCGUUGUUGUUGUUGUAAUAUCGCUAACAGACAUGGCUGUUUCACCAUUAAGGAUUCCAGCUUUAAGACUGAAAAAUAGAGAUGUUGAUAUGAAUGGGAUGUUUUUAUUUAUAUUCGGUUUUUUUCUUCAGAUGCCCGGCCCCAUAGGGUUCAACGGCCCCUCUGUUGGCACCUAUGAUGCCUUUAACAACUUCCAGCCUCCAAUGAGAGGAGGGCAGCCCCCUGAGCUGCCGAGCUGCCCCCCCACCUACGAGUCUGUAAGUGUCAGAGCCCCCUGCACCUUCUGCUUCUCCAGACAGAUGGACAGACGGCCAGUUCACCUUUCAGGGAAGAGGAGUUCAUUAUAGUUUGCUUGUGCCAUCUCUUUUCAGCACAGUGCUAUGCUACAGCGACAUGAUAGGGAUUGGAUAAGAACAGAUAGAAUGUGGAAACGGGCCAUAGCUGGUAUGAACUGCUAAUCACUAACCUUGUGCUGAACUGCAUACGACUGUCUUUGAAUGCUCUGAGUGAGAUCUGCUUGCUGUCAAACUAGUAUGUUACUGGAUGUAGUAGGGAAGCAAAGUUCUUCACAGUGAAGAAUGCAAUUUUGAGGUGAAUUAUAUUAUUAGCUCUUGCUUUUUGCUCAUUCUUACCCCAGCGGUGUUGGCUUUCUCAGCAAUGCACUACUUCAAUGAUUCUUCCUCCCCAAUCACAUACUAACAUACAAAACAUUGUUUUCCUCUGCCUUCUCAUGUAUCUAUAGAACUUUAACAUUUCAACAUGCAGGCAGGGUAGAGAGAUCGUCUUAACACAUGCGUGUGUGUUUUUUCAGAUUGAUGAGCUGUCUAUUAAACCUUCUGGUCCAUCCCAGGUCUCUGGUAAGUUGUUUUCAAUGAAUAUAUCCUUUCCUACACGUCAAUCUCUUCAACGAUAGUAUUGCUUGCUUUUUGCAUAACAGUUGCAUUGGGGGUGUAUUUGUAAUGUAAAUCUAAACCUAUGUUCUUUCCACAGGCCCCGGGCCUUCAUCCCAGAUCUACGAUAACAACGCCCUCCCUGAGCUGCCCUCAGUUCCCGACACGCUUCCCACUUCCUCCUUUGGAGUUGGACGGAACACUGCGAGCUCUGAUGACAUCGACUUUGAUGACCUGUCACGACGCUUUGAGGAUCUGAAGAAGAAGACCUAGUCCUCCAGUAUCCCAUCAUGCUCCUCUGUGUUGUCAGUCACCACAGCUACAGUAUCAGGAAAUAUUGAAAUAUUUGUAUUGGCACCCUUUGCAGUGAAAUUCUCCACUGUGUAGUUUUUACUGAUGUUAACAUUAACUGUACCUCAUUCAAACCACGUGUCUGUCUGGCACACUGAAGGUGAAGGCCCUUUAGAGGGCUAUUUGACAGUACAUUUUAUUAUCGACUACAUCCAAUCAAAACUGGACCGUAUAGAUGUCAUCUUUAUAUGAGCACUUUGGAUAUAAAAUGGCCUUCCUGAUAGUAACUACUAUUCUAUGUAACCUCUCGAGCGUUCUUGUUGCUAUGGUUGUCACGUAUCCCCUUGACUCACAGUAUGAGCCAAUAUUUGGUUAAUAAUCAAAUAGUCUUAACUAAUCGUGUCUCUCGUCCAGAGACUGGAUCGAGUGAUACAGAAUCUCAAUCGUUACUUGUUGGUGGGUUUCAUGAAACUGGUUUUGAACUGUCACUGAAUCGCAUAGUAGAAAAACCUGUUUUCUGGCACACACCCAUUGUGUCGAAAGUAUUAAGGCCUAGGACAGUUUCAAGGCCGUAGCACCCUGUCCAUGUCGGGUUUUACCCUCAUUACUCUGGCUCUGAACCUUUGGUGACGUCUGAAACCUGUUCUAUGACCUAUCUGUUACCCUACAUGCGGUGGAGGGAUUCAAUCAGACUUGAAAUAAUUUGGUGUAUUUUUUCUCCUAAUAAAAUUAACUUUUAUUGUUUUAAAGCUGAUUUAGUCUAACACUAUACAUGCACUUUCCAUGCUUGUGUAAUCUAACCCAUGCAAUGAAUUGGCGAAGGGAAUGCAUGAUUUGACUGGUGACAGAAAUUAUAGUCUAUAUGAAAAACCACUUGACCAUGUAAGUUUGUGAUGUAAAUACGUCCCUCAAAAUGUCAUGGGUUCUUCUUCCUCUUUGUGUAAGAGAGGUUUAUAGUGUGAUUCAGUAUGUUAUCUAUGUAUGUGUGUCUUGUGCACCACACUGCAUUGACCAUCAUCAGAGGCCUUCCCGUUCUAUAAGUAUAUUCAGACGAUGUACACAUAACAUGCCUAUUUCUCAAUUUAUAUAGUCUUUGUUAAAAUUAGUUCAAGGUUUUUUUAAUUUGAUGAAAAUGUAUUGAAUCUUGGUGAUGGAAGAAGACGUUUUGAUAAACGAGAGAAAGGGGGUGGAUUUGCUGUUCCUGUCUUAUAGCUUGUUUUCACCAAUCUAUAAUGGAUGGAAGUUAGGCCUGUCUACUCCACCAUACUAAAAUAUGGCUUUAACACUACUGUACAGUGACCUGCUCACUGCUCAUCCUCUUAGGUGUGCUGUAGGAUUGUUUGAAGAAUGUUUGAUACUAACUUUGAUUAGCAAGUGUAUAUCUUGUCACAUAAAACAGAUAAUAGCCUAUGUUUUUUUCUGUCUAAUAAAGGACAUAUUUCUAA